AUGAAGAGAGCCUCUACCUUUGUAAGUAAUGUGAACAAAUAUUUGUCACAUGUUAAAAAUGUGCAAAAAAUCGACAAAUUAAAAGUUUGUUUCACAUUUCGCAGUAAAGGAUACGGUUGCAAUGAUCUCGAUGAAUGGAUUCGGUUCGCGGUGGAACGAAAUGUAGAAGAGAUUGAUCUUUGUUUGUUAGAAGAGAAUCAUUUAAGUGCUCAUAAUGAUGGUUCCUCCUAUGUUUUCCCUUGUGACAUGUUUGGUUUCAAGUCAUUUUUUAACCGUUUAUGCUUAGUGCAUUGUGUACUUGCUCCACAAAAACCAUGCUAUGGUUUUAGUACACUCACAAAUUUGGAACUCUUCAAAGUUGAUUUGAAAUCCGAAGAUUAUAUCCGGAAUUUGUUGUCUAGCUGUGACAACAUUGAAUGGUUAAGUUUUUCUGAAUGUUAUAAUAUGGAGUACCUGAAAAUUGAGCACUCCAUUUGCAAGAAAUUGAAGUAUUUGAAGGUGAAUCUUUGUCGCCAAUUGAAGACAAUUAUGCUAAAAAGCAACAGUUUGGAAACUUUGGAAUAUGUGGGAAGCAAAGUUGAAUUCUUUUUUGACACCCCUAAGCUUAAAAGUUUCGUUGGUCGUGUGAGCGAAUCUGUUGCUUAUCGCGGUGAAAAUUGGCUAGUCUGCAAACUUUCCACUGAUCUUCCUCUACUGGAAAAUUUAUUCAUUGAAUGCAGCUGCAUGGGUGAGGUUAUAACAAAUAGAUUCCCCACAUUUCAAAAUUUAAGGCAUCUAGAAGUUAUAAAAGUUGCCAUAUUUAGACAGGACCUGUCAUGGAUACCAUUUGCUCUUAAUGCAUGUCCAACUCUAGCUAAACUUAAGCUUCAUUUAAGGACUUAUUUUACCAUUGAUGAAGAGAUAACAUAUUGGCUUCCAAGGUGUCCACAUAAUCAUCUCAAGGAAAUAACAAUAACAGGAAUUAGAGGUCACUCAAGUGAGAUUGCUAUUGCAAUUUAUCUCCUAAGGAAUGCAAAUUCACUUGAGAAAAUGAUAGUUGACCCACGUCAAAGAAUUUACCUUGAGAAUGGUAAAUUUGUUCAUUCAGAAGCAUGUGAGUAUUGGAGCAGGAUUGGAAAGAACAAGGUUGAAUUUCUUCUUAAGCAAGAAAUUAGUUCCUUGGUGGAAUUGUUAAUCUUGUAA